CGUUGCACGGCGUCACCAUGAAUAUAGUGCUGCAGGUGGUGCCGUUUUUCUUAGCGGCACGCGUGAACGUGGACGUCCCAUGGUUGUACGGGCCGGUGUACACAUUCAACGUUCAAGUGAACUCGACGGCGAUCUCGGAGGGCAGCUACACGAGCGUCCGGCUGAACGUCGCCUCGAAGCUGAUCUGUCAGCCGAAGCUCCACCGUUACCACGUGCUCAGCUGUCAUUUCAGCGACUCGAAGGCGGACAGUUUCGUGACGGAGAGCCUGGACCCGACGAUACCGGGCCUCCCGGUGAGCGCCGUGAACCGACAGGAGGCGUACGAGAUCUACGACGAUCAGUUCGAGAUCAAGUUCACCGAGCACGGCCUGGACAGCCUCGUCGUCAACGAGAACAUACAGCCGCGCGAGCUGGACAUGAUACGCGUGAUCGUCGGCCAGCUGAACAUCGGCGCCAAGCUCGUCGACUACGAGGACACGUUCGAGGCAAUGGAGAACUUCACUCAGGGCGAGUGCGCGACCAUAUUCUCCGUGAGCAGGAACCUGGCCUGGCACGUCGUGCCGGAGGAUCGAGGCUACGUCCUGGAGACCAUCUACGGGCCCACGGAGGAUCGACUACUGCAGAUACGGAAGAUCAGGAACCUCAACAUUUGCACCCACAACGUGCCCUACUUCUUUGGCAGAGCGGACAGCAGCAUGCGUCAGCACAACGACGUCAUGUCCACCGCUAGUUCGUCGGAAAGUUACAUCACGAUCACGUCCACCGAGUUCAUGGCCAGUUCCACGAACGUGGUGUUGGUCAGAGUGUUCGAGGGCGCGACUUUGUACGAGAACAUAAAGCUCAGGUUAGACUCGAUCGAGCCGGCGAGGAGCGAGCCACCGGAAGUGAAGGAUCCCGAGCUGGCCAGCAUGUUCAUCGGCGGAUGGCUGUGGGACAACUCGCAGCACGACGAUUUCUCGAUGAUGGCCUGAUCGAGACGAUCUCUGUGCAUCAUCCGCAUCGCGAUAGGAAGUCCCGCUGCGUACGAGCAGUGAUACGUGGCUCCAAAUCAAAAUUCACAUCGAUUGUCCUGGUAUCACUGCUCUUGCGAAUAGUGUACAAGUGUAUUGCCAUUCGAUUCUGUAAAUAAUAAAGAAACUUUUCAUUUCUGUAAGAAAACCUA